UCUUUCUCUCUCAUACCCACAUUUAACUUUCUGACCGACACUUUCCUCAUUUUUCUCGCUCCGUAUCUGCGCAUUUUCUUUACUUAUAUUUCUGAUUUGAAAUAUCCACGUUACUCUCUCUGCAUCUUUUGCUUUCUCGUUCUUUCUAUAAUCAGCAUCUGAAAUUUCUCUCAUUUUGUGUCUCCCUCUGUAUCUAUAGAUCACAUAUAUCUCAGCUUUUGAGAUUCAAAUGUUACAUUUGGGAGGUCCUCGUGUUCACUUUCUCUCUCUAAUAUUGUGACAAUCAGAAUCUAUAGGUUUUUCUCAUUUGCCUUUUUUCCGAAUGCGUGAUGAGUAUCUGCAAUUCUCUCAUGCAUUAUUUAUUAAUCUCUUUUCACAAGAAUCUUUCGAAGAUCUGAUCAUUGCGUUUCCAAGUUCUGAUCUUUAUUCCAAUCAUGUUGUGAGUGUUGUAAUUUAGGGCAUUUGCGUCCAGAUCUCAAGUUUCAAUCAGCUGUGGCGGAGAUCUAGGGUUUUAUUUUAGCCCUUUUCUGGGUUGUUUAUUCUAUCAACCAUGGUUCUGAUUUAAGGGUUUAUGUGUCAUCCAUCGAUCGUGUGUGUUGCAAUGUGGAAGCAAUUUUUCAGUAGACUGAGCUGAUUAUAGCUAUCGAUUUUAGCGAUAUUUCUAAGAUCUGUUCUUCGUCCAAAUUAUGUUGUAAUUUAGGGCAUUUGCGUCCAGAUCUAGAGUUUGAAUCAGCUAUGUCGGAGGUCUAGGGUUUGUUUGUAGCCCUUUCUGGGGUUAUUUCAUCAAUCGACAUGGUUCUCAUCUAAGGGUUUAUGGUUUAUUAAUCGACUGUGUUGCAAUGUUGAAGCAAUUUCUCAGUAAACUCCCUCGGAAGUCAUCGAAAUCCGAGCAUGUUGAUUUGGCAAGGAGUGGUUCUGCCAAUGAUUCGGUCUCUCCACGCAGAAAUUUUCAACGCACCAGCAGUGGGACAAUGGUUUCGGGCCGGCCAAAUACGGUCAAACGGAUGUCAUCAGCAGUGUUUCCGGCAAGUGUGGUUGCUGGAAUUGAGCCUCUGUUAGCAUUCAAAGAUGUUCCUAGUUCAGAAAAAUUGAAUCUCUUUAUCAGUAAGGUGAGUCUCUGUUGUGUGGUUUUUGACUUCACUGACCCAAGUAAGAAUACAACAGAGAAAGAUCUUAAGCGCCUAACAUUGAUAGAGCUUGUUGACUUUGUUGCUUCUGGACCUCCGAGGUUUACAGAACCCGCAAUCUUGGCAAUGUGUAAAAUGUGUGCUAAUAACCUGUUUAGGGUCUUUCCUCCUAAUUAUAGGUCUAACUUGAGUGGUAGCGAAAAUGAUGAUGAUGAACCAAUGUUCGAUCCUGCUUGGUCACAUCUACAAAUUGUGUAUGACCUACUGCUUAAAUUUGUGACUUCUUCUUCCCUUGAAGCAAAGGUAGGGAAAAAGUAUAUAAAUCAUUCAUUUAUUUCGAGAUUGCUAGACCUAUUUGAUUCUGAGGACCCAAGAGAAAGAGAGUGUCUGAAAACUAUUCUGCAUAGGAUUUACGGCAAGUUCAUGGUUCACAGGCCUUUUAUAAGGAGGAGCAUAAGCAAUAUCUUUUAUCGAUUUGUAUUUGAAACUGAGCGGCAUAAUGGGAUUGCUGAGUUGUUGGAGAUUUUUGGGAGUGUGAUUAGUGGGUUUGCAUUGCCUUUGAAGGAGGAGCACAAGAUCUUUCUGUGGAGGGCUUUGAUACCUCUGCACAAGCCAAAAUCAUUGGGGGUAUACUUUCAGCAAUUGUCAUUCUGUAUUACACAGUUUCUAGAGAAGGAACCAAAGUUAACUAGCUCUGUGAUAAAUGGAUUGUUGAAAUACUGGCCAAUUACAAAUAGCCAAAAGGAGGUAAUGUUCCUGGGCGAGUUGGAAGAGAUUCUGGAAGCAAUUAACAUGGUGGAGUUUCAAAAGGUCAUGGUUCCGUUAUUCUGGCGGAUGGGAUGCUGCAUCAACAGUUUUCACUUUCAGGUGGCUGAGAGGGCACUGUUCCUCUGGAACAAUGACCAAAUUGUCAACCUGAUUGCACAUAACCGACAUGUCAUCAUGCCAAUCAUAUUCCCAGCCCUGGAAAAGAAUAUCGAGAGCCACUGGAACCAAGCAGUGCUCAACUUAAGCCUAAAUGUGAAGAAGAUGUGUGCAGAGAUGGAUGAUGUGCUGUUUCUGGCAUGUGAUGCCCAUUUCAGGGAGGAACAGGCAAACCUAACAUUGGAAGCAAAGAAGCGGAAGGAAGCAUGGGAGUGCCUAGAGAAUGCAGCAAGUCGCCAGCCAAUAUCUGGAAAUACUGCUGUACUGGUAACUCCUUAGCAAUCUCUGUUGCCUGUUAAGUGGUAUUUGAUCUGCUUGACCUAGUGCGUUUUCUUUUGUUUGCUUUUUUUUUUUUUUUUUUUUUGGGGUUGUGGGAGAACAAGAGAUGUAUGGAUGUGACUGGCUGUUGUCUGGGAGUGGCAUUUUUUGGGAUUGUUCGGUGACAGCCUGUUGUUGUAACUUGUUUGAUCCCACGUAUUCCACUUUACCGAAGUGUUAUUUGCUUCAGUGGAGAAUCCAUGGUUAAGACCAUGUAGUUUAGUAGGUUAAACAAAUUAACAUCAUUUGUCAGCUCUGUCUGUGUGUGCGCUCCAGUGGUGGGUGCUAUUUGAGUUACAAACUCGGCAAAUCUUGAAAAAUUAGCCUCUUUGAACUUA